UUUCAUAAACGAAAAAGGGAAACCAUAAUUAUUCGCAGAACCGAAAGGCUGCCACGUGUGACGCUACGCUGGCAACCAUCCAUCGCAUUUCUCCUUCCUUCCUCCACCAUUCUCUUCCAUCGUCCCUCCCUUCACCGCUCUCAUUUCCCCCCAAAAUCCCAUUCCUUCUUCGUCGUCGUCUUCUUCACCAAUGUCGAAUUUCCAUUGACGCGAUUAUCACGAAAAAAGGAAACGAAAAAGAUUCAUUGAGAGAAUUUCCCGCUCUGCCCAGGUACAAUCGGCGCUUUUUCUUGAUUUUCAGAAUUCUUCGAUUGAGGGUUUCCGUAAAGGGAAGGGAUUGAUUGCGUUUUGAUUCGGGAGAAUCCGUGUUGAAUAUUAAUCGGGAGGCGGCGGCGGCGGUGGGUGAGGGUGAAGAGCUGCCACCUCUGUCGCGGAGCGCCAUGAUUGGGGUCGGCGGAUUUGAUGAUUUUAGGGACUUCCUUUAUGUUAUGUGUGGUUUUCGCUUUGUGGAUGUGUUGAAAUCGGAAGCUUUUUCCAGUGAGUGAACACUUCCCACCUCCCGCUCUCCAUGUGUAACCAAGGGAUUGCAUCCCUGAGCCAGAACCAUAAAACAAGCGACCAGACUUCGAUGGAUACUCCAACUUCAGCCACUAAUUCCACCCCAGGUUUAAACUUUAGCCCCAAUGACGAAACCCCACGAGUGAAAUUCCUCUGUAGCUUCUUAGGCAGCAUAAUGCCUCGCCCACAAGACGGGAAACUGCGGUAUGUGGGCGGGGAGACCCGGAUUGUGAGCUUGCCUAGGGAGAUUGGGUAUGAGGAGCUUAUGAGCAAGAUGAGGGAGCUUUACGAAGGUGCAGCGCUGUUGAAGUAUCAGCAGCCGGAUGAGGAUCUCGAUGCACUGGUCUCGGUUGUGAAUGAUGAUGAUGUCACCAAUAUGAUGGAGGAGUACGAGAAAUUGGGGUCUGGGGAUGGAUUCACUAGGCUCAGAAUUUUCCUCUUCUCGCACUCUGAGCAAGAAGGGUCGCCCCAUUUUGUUGAUGGGGAUGAUAGAGAGACCGAGAGGAGGUAUGUGGAUGCGUUGAACAAUUUGAAUGAUGUGGCGGAUUUUCAUAGGCAGCAGCAGAUCGAUUCCCCUAUGAUUGAUGAGCAUUUUUUCAACCAGAUGAGUCUUGAUGGUGGGAUUCAUGGACAGAGGAAUCCUGAUGUGUCUUUGCCACAGUACCAUCUUCGACAUGUUGCUGUUCCUCAAAGGUACAGUGAAAUGGAAGGUCCAUGGAGCCCAGCUUAUUAUUCUCCCAGGCAUCAUGGGCAUCAUGAUCAUCCAAGAUCAAUGUCUGAGUUUCCGAGUUCGCCCCCAUCAGCUCGAUAUCGGAUGCCAUUUGGGGAUAUGCCUGAUAAAAGCAUGGAUAGGGUGCCUGAAGAGUAUGCUCGUCUGCAGAUGAACCAUCAGGUACCUUAUACCGAGAAUGUGGCAUGGAUGCAUGAUAAAGCUGGUUUCCCGGGCAAUUUGAUGCAUGGUCAAGGCGUUAUGGAAGGGAAUAGUAGUGCCUGUGAGCAUUGUCACACUCCUUUUCAGAGGAGUCAGCUGCAUUUGGAGCAGGCUAACAUGGGAAAUGGUAUUCCCCAUGGUGUUAAUUCGUGUACUGAGUGUUCUCCACCAAAUAGAGAAGCUUUCUUAGUACAUGGAGAUCCAAACAUGCACCACACUGUAUACCCAAACGACCAUUAUCUCUCUGGAGCUGGUAGGUUUAAUGAUCAACAUUAUAUUGUAGAAGGUCCAGGCAGGCACUACUCACUUGGUCAUGGGGCUUUAGGUGACAGCCAUCAUGUUUCUUCCAGUUAUGCCCCACAUCGAGCUGGUCCUGACAUGGGGAAUGAAGCAUUUCAUGAUCCAUCAGUAGCUCCUGCACAUCACCAGCACGUGCCACCAGUCGACGAUCGUAGCAUCAGAUAUGGGAAUUUUCCUGGUGCUUAUGGAACUGAAACAGUUUAUCAGAUGCCUCAUGGACAUGGUCAUGGACAGAGUUUGUGGAGAAAUGCUCAAAACCCUAUGCUUGGAGGUCCUUACGAAGCAGCCACUGGAGCCCCGCAAGUUAAUGGUACAUUAAAUCCUGCUUAUAUUAGAGGCACGGUAGAGGGUGGUCCAAGGGUUGUAGCUAUUGGCAUUGAUGCUCAGCAUGCUUGGUCUGACUCCUCACAGACCAGGUUGGGUUUUGAUGCCGUCGCUGUCCCGGAGUAUGCUUAUCCCCCUGCUUUGAACACUAAUCCAGCUAGUUAUGGGGUGGACGCUAGGCAGUCGAUUGCUCCCGAAUCUACUUGUCCUCCACUUCCAUUUCCACGUGAAAUAGCAAAUUCAAUUGCUCCAAUAGCCACUGUUAGUCACAUUCCUGUUGGACUCGGCAACACUGUUGUGGUCCCUGACAUGGCAAAAGAGGAAGAGACAAACAUUGGUGGCACAGAAAUAGAUGCGAGUUAUGCAGGGAAACUGAAUAUGGUUAAUUUAGUUCAUGUUGUCAACCCGAAUCAGGAGGUGGCUCUGGUGGAUUUGUCAGACCCAAAUAACUUGCAGAGUCAUGCUGACAGCAAUUUCAUGCCAAUGGGUGAAUAUAAGUCUUCUGUUGGGGACUCUAAGCUAUCUGUGAACCACUUAAGUUACUUACCUGAGUUAAUUGCUUCUGCAAAGAAAGCUGCAUUGGAGGAGGCUGAGGAAGUGAAAGCGAGAAUUGAAGAAAAUGUUUCUCCUUUGAAGGAUACUGUGGCAUCCAAAGAAGCAACUGUCAAGGAGCCUGAAGCAGUGAAUGGCGUUGAAGAAGUAGAGUUGGAUUCGGAUAAUCCAAACCUCAACAAGAUUGAGCCCACAAAGGCUGAGGCCGAAGCUAUCGAGAGGGGAUUACAGACUAUAAGAAACGACGACCUGGAGGAGAUCCGUGAAUUGGGUUCUGGAACUUAUGGAGCUGUUUAUCAUGGGAAAUGGAAGGGUUCUGAUGUGGCUAUAAAAAGAAUAAAGGCUAGUUGUUUUGCUGGAAGACCUUCUGAAAGAGAGCGACUGAUUGCAGAUUUCUGGAAGGAAGCAUUAAUAUUGAGUUCACUACACCAUCCCAAUGUUGUCUCUUUCUAUGGUAUAGUUCGUGAUGGCCCUGACGGAUCCUUAGCAACUGUAACAGAGUUCAUGAUCAAUGGUUCUUUGAAGCAGUUUUUACAAAAGAAGGACAGAACCAUUGACCGGCGCAAGAGACUCAUCAUAGCAAUGGAUGCCGCAUUUGGCAUGGAGUAUCUGCACGGGAAGAAUAUUGUUCAUUUUGAUUUGAAGUGUGAAAACCUGUUAGUAAAUAUGAGAGAUCCACAGCGGCCCAUCUGCAAGAUUGGCGAUUUGGGCUUAUCGAAGGUCAAACAGCAAACACUUGUGUCGGGUGGUGUUCGUGGAACUCUACCUUGGAUGGCCCCUGAGCUUCUGAGUGGGAAAACCCAUAUGGUGACUGAGAAGAUUGAUGUUUAUUCCUUCGGGAUUGUGAUGUGGGAGUUGCUGACAGGAGAAGAACCUUAUACGGAUUUGCAUUGUGCCUCAAUAAUAGGAGGAAUUGUGAACAACACUUUACGUCCCAAGAUCCCAACCUGGUGUGAUCCAGAAUGGAAAUCUUUGAUGGAAAGUUGCUGGGCUUCUGACCCUUCAGAAAGACCAUCAUUUUCUGAAAUUUCUCGAAAGCUGAGGACCAUGGCUGCUGCAAUCAACUUGAAAUAAUGAUCGGAUUGUGAAGUAGAUCUUUCUCACUUCUUGACUGGCUGAUUAUAGCCAGAGAAAAAAGUUGGCCCUUUAGUCUUCAAAUAGUGAUAAAGCAGAAGAAGAAAAAAACUUUAGAUUUAUGAUAUUGUUAUUAUGCCUUGAUAGUAUCUGCAGGCUUAUGGGAUAGAGACCCCGCCCCUUUCAGAGAACAUGCCCCCGUAUUCUCUAAAUAUGGAGAGGGUUAAUGAUGCACAAUCAGAAUGUGAGUUUCUUCCUAGUAUGCUUCUAAUUCGCUUUUUCUUUAGAAACGGCUGAGAAAGUAAUCGCCUUUAUCUUCCUUGUGCAGGUUUUUUUUGCUAUUUUGAAUGUGAUCAUAUAAAUGGUAGUGAAAUAUAAUCUAUCUCUGCUACUAUUUGGAAUGAAGGGGGAGGAUAUGUAUAUAUCUAUCUAUCUAUAUAUGAUGAUGAUGAAGUUCCGGUGUUUCCUUAGCCUCCUCCAAGAGCUUUCUCCAUUCUUGGAGGACGAAGACGACGACGCAUAGCACUCUAUUCGCGCUUCAGCAUGAGUUUAUCAGAUGGGAUCUUGGCCGGCCAAAUAGCUAGCUGUAUUAGAAAGUAUGCUAUAUUGGCUUUUAGCCCCAUGUUCCCUUCUUUUGGUUGGGUUUCUUUCCUGCACACUGCUGAGGGACGUUUUCCCACACAUAAAAUGGACUGCACAAAUUUUGAGCUCAAUGUGUUCUUUAUUAUUGUUACUGUUGCUUGCUGUGAUGGAGCACUGUCUAUUUAUGGUGCAAUGAAGCUCAUCAGAAGUCGAGGCAGCAUAAAAUUUCACUCUGUUGCUGCUGUGAGAAAGAUUGUAGCUUUUUUUCUUUGACCUCUUUGAUUCUGCAUAUGAACUAUUCGAGUACAUGUUAAAUGUACAAUUUCAUGUCUCUUAUGAUACACAGCUUGUCACUUGAUUGCUUCAUGAAAGCCAGACACUGUGCCUGAGGGCGCAACAUGUGUAUGUUCUGUACGUGUAUAUCGUCGAUAAUCUGUACCUUCUGUCGCGUUUAGAGCACAGAGUGAUGCAAGUGAGAGUGUGCUUUGUCGACAGUUACCUGUUGACAUUUGUUUCUCAACCUCUAUUGGUGGUGUCAUGGUACAGGUGACGAUUGAGAAAUCUGAAAGUCAAUGCAGUGUUUGACUUACCAACUCCCUCUAUGGCAUUGAAAGGUCAGCGGUGGGUAUAUAUUGUGUGAAUCUUUUUUGGUCAAUAAGUGUGACAUCAUUGUUUUGGCUUGGUACCUUUCCCUUUUAUGUUGAUAGGAGCCAAGGGAGUACCGUAGAACCACUCCAAUAUGGUCUGUUCAAUCAUGCAAACCCGAUUACUUAGAGGACAAAGGUCAAAGAAUAUAGUAUUGAGUAUUUGGUGAAGAAGUUUAUCAUCAAGAUAAUGGUAUGGAAUAAAGUUAUAUGGUCAAU